AUGGAUCAGAUUCUUGCCGGACUUCCAGGAGUUGUGUGUUAUCUAGAUGACAUUCUAGUGACAGGCACAGACAAACAGUCGCACUUGGAUGCUACCCUUGAAGGACUGAAAGAAUACGGGCUAAGAGUGCGCAAGGAUAAAUGUGAAUUUUUCCAGUUUGCAGUCGAGUACUUAGGCCAUGUCAUUGAUGCCUCUGGUCUGCAUACGUCCCCAUCCAAAGUUAAGGCUAUUGUGGAUGCUCCAAUACCCAAAAAUGUCAGCCAGUUACGGUCUUUCCUCGGCUUACUGAACUAUUAUGGGCGUUUCAUCCCAAAUAUCGCUACGCUGUUGAAACCUCUGCACAAAUUGUUAUGUCAUGAAAAUAAUUGGAAGUGGACCUCUGAAUGCCAGGAUUCAUUCAUAAAAGCAAAGGAGACACUGGGGUCAAAUGCACUCACUCAUUUUGAUCCUGCGCUUCCUAUCCAACUGGACUGCGAUGCUUCCCCGUAUGGUGUGGGAGCUGUCUUGUCCCACAUCAUGCCAAAUGGUCAAGAGAGGCCAAUCGCGUUUGCUUCCAGGAGUCUGAGCAAAGCAGAAGCGAACUAUGCUCAGAUUGAGCGAGAAGCAUUGAGCAUAGUGUUUGGAGUGCGUAAGUUCUAUCAGUAUAUUUUCGGAAGAAAGUUUACGCUGCUGACGGAUCAUCGCCCACUCACUGCAAUAUUUGGUCCACACCAUGGCAUUCCCGCCCUUGCCGCCAGUAGGAUGCAAAGGUGGGCUUUGUUGUUAUCUGCUCACACCUAUGACAUCAAAUACCGAAAAUCAGAGUUGCACGGGAAUGCAGACGGUCUGUCCAGGUUGCCUCUCGUUGAAAGGGUAAAGGAAGCAAAGGUGGCUGAAAUUUUCUAUUUCAACCAGGUGGAACGGGCUCCUAUAACGGCCGCGCAAGUACGCAGAGGCACAAGAAAUGACCCUGUCCUGUCAAGAGUCGUGGAUAUGGUCAUGACAGGCAAAGGGGAGAGAAAUGACUUGGAGCUAAAACCUUACAUCUCUCGACGUCAGGAACUUUCAGUGCAGUCAGGCUGCUUAUUGUGGGGGAGGAGAGUGGUCAUUCCCCCGGCUUUACGCAAGCAAGUGCUAAAACAGCUGCAUGUGGGACACUGUGGAAUGGUCAGCAUGAAGGAGAUUGCCAGGAGCUACUUCUGGUGGCCAGGAGUAGAUGGCCAAAUUGAGGAAAAAGCUAGGAUGUGUACCUCAUGCCAGCACAUACGUAACGCACCACAACUUGCACCGCUGCACCCGUGGGAAUACCCUGAAAAACCAUGGCAUUGCAUUCAUAUUGAUUUUGCUGGCCCAGUUGAGGACAAAAUGCUGUUGGUGGUCAUGGAUGCACACAGUAAGUGGCCUGAGGUGGCCAUUAUGAAAUCUACAUCAGCUGAAAAGACAAUUGAGAAACUGGGAGAAAUUUUCAGCAGGUUUGGAUCACCAGUGCAACUUGUCUCAGAUAAUGGCCCCCAAUUUACAUCUCACGAGAUGGCCACAUUUUUACAAGCAAAUGGUGUGCAACACAUAACGUCAUCACCCUACCAUCCUGCCACUAAUGGAUUAGCCGAAAGGUUUGUCCAAACCAUGAAACAUGCUUUGAAAGCUUCGCUCGGGCAAGGCACAUUUAAUCAACGUCUGCACAGCUUUUUGCUUUCCUAUUGUAGUACUCCGCAUGCGACCACCAAAGUGUCGCCAGCGUAUUUGUUGUUCAGCAGAGAGGUCAGGACAAGUUUUGAGCUGAUUAAACCAGCUACACUCAAAGAGACUGUCCAACGACAACAAGAGCAUCAAGUACAGCGGCGGAAUCUACGAGCCAAGGACAGAAAUUUUGUAACAGGCUCAGCAGUGCUUGCUCGGAACUAUGGUAGUGGUCCGAAAUGGGUUCCGGCUACUGUGAAGGCCCAGACGGGUCCAGUGUCAUAUAAGGUCAAGACUGCUGAAAAUCUCUCCUGGAGGAGACAUACUGAUCAGUUGCUUGGUGGAGCCAGCACUGUUACAGAUCUCCCUGAGGUCACUGAUCAAAUAUAUGACAAUUCUCCAACUAUAGAAGUCUCCACAAAUGAGCCUAUGAUGACCACAAAUGGUUCUUUUGUUGACGAACCAUCACCUUCAUCGCCAGAAAAUGGAAACCAAAUAGGCCGUCGGUAUCCAAUAAGGGAGCGGCGUUCACCUCAGCGUUUAUUGGAUUAUACUUAG